GUCAAAAUGGUGGACAGGAAGUUUCUUCUGUGGAGGAUCCCUGAUCAACCAGAACUGGGUUCUCACUGCUGCCCACUGCGCUGUCGUGGUCGGCUAUCACCGUGUCAUUCUUGGAGAACAUAAUCAUGGCUCCAGUGUUGAACCCAUCCAGGUCAAAUUAGUUUCCAAGGUUAUCACCCAUCCGCUCUACAGCAGGGCGACCUUCAACAAUGACAUUGCUCUGCUGAAACUGUCGUCUCCAGUCACACUGACUCCCCGUAUCUCUCCUGUAUGUCUGGCUCCAUCAACCAUCAACAUUCUGCCUGGAACCCGCUGCUUCACCACUGGCUGGGGUAGAACUGCCACCACGUCAAGCCCUCUGAUCCUACAGCAAACAGGUGUACCCAUCAUAAGUCCUGCUGUGUGCAGGCAAAUCUGGGGUCAGAGCACUAUCACUGAUGCCAUGAUCUGUGCUGGAGCCUCUGGUUCCUCAUCUUGCCAGGGUGAUUCUGGUGGUCCUCUGGUGUGUGAGCGUUCAGGGGUCUGGUCUCUGGUGGGCUCUGUGUCCUGGGGAAGAAACAGUUGUGACACCCGUUUCCCUGCAGUCUACGCCCGCAUCUCCCACCUGCGCUCCUGGAUCGACAGGACUAUCGCUUCCAACUAG